AUUAUUUAUCAUUUGGAAUGAAUAAAAGUUAGUUAGAAGUUCUACAGGAAGAACAAAAUGAAAUUAAUCUUUCAAUGCUUAUUUAGUUACAAAGUGUUUAUGGGAUUACAUUCGUACCGCAAUUGAUGGAAACAAUAUAAUAUCUUAUCAGACAAUACGCUCAGUGAAUAUUAGAAUCUGGGAUAAUUGAAAAGAAAGGCUACAGAUGAAGUUGUGCAAUGAAUCAAACGUAGAAGAUACAGAUAAAAAGAAAAUACCGGAAAAUGAUCGUUCAACAAAAUAACGAUUGUUCGUGGAACUGCGAAGUUCCAAUAUAUCAGACCAAUAGAUCAGGAAUGAAAUUUAUGGCUGAAAGGUGAUAUGAGGACACAGGCCACAUAAAACUUUGAUCUUUUUUGUUAAUUUAGGCUACCAUCAAAGAAGGUUAUCUGUUGAAGCAGACCUCCUCAUUCCAAAGAUGGGGGAGAAGAUAUUUCAAGCUCAAAGGACGAAGUUUAUACUAUGCCAAAGAUUCCAAGGCUGUGAUUUUCGAUGAAAUCGAACUCAACGACCUGUGCCUAGCCGAGUGUUCAACUAAAAACGUCAAUCAUAGUUUUCAGGUGAUCACACCUUACAGAUCCCUGGUUUUAUGUGCAGAAUCUCGACGUGAGAUGGAGGAAUGGCUUGCAGCAUUCAACACUUCAUCCCAAACACAAGAUCAAGCUGAUCUACUCUCAGGAAGACACCAUUGGUAUGCAACAUCACAUGCACGUCCCAUCUAUUGCAACGUUUGCAGAGAUGCGUUAGGAGGUGUCACAAGCCAUGGCCUGUCUUGUGAGUUGUGCAAAUGCAAGGUGCAUAAAAAAUGUGCGACGAAAGCGCUGAACAACUGCAAAUGGACCACUUUAGCCUCUAUAGGAAUAAAUAUUAUAGAAGAAUCCGAUGGGAACCUUACCAUGCCUCACCAGUGGAUAGAAGGCAACCUGCCAGUUUCUGCCAAAUGUCAAAUAUGUGAUAAGACGUGUGGAUCAGUUCUAAGGCUACAAGACUGGAGAUGUCUUUGGUGCCGGGCAACUGUCCACACGCAAUGCAGACCAGCCCUACCCGCUGCUUGUCCCCUGGGGCCGGCCAGAGUGAGCGUGGUGCCACCCACUGCUCUGCAUUCUAUACAGGACGAGUCUUGGGAGGGCGUCAGACCGCUGGCUUCCUCUCCGCUCCUCGUUUUCGUCAAUUCCAAAUCUGGUGAUAACCAGGGCGUGAAAUUCCUCCGAAGAUUCAAGCAGCUCCUGAACCCCGCACAAGUGUUUGAUCUCAUAUCAACAGGACCACGAUUGGGCCUGACUCUUUUUAGACCUUUCGAUCCAUUCCGGAUUUUAGUUUGUAGCGGUGACGGCUCUGUAGGCUGGGUGCUCUCUGAAAUCGAUAAACUAGGCAUGCACAAUCAAUGCCAAGUGGCCGUCCUCCCACUAGGCACAGGAAAUGACCUGGCCAGGGUGCUUGGCUGGGGCUCUUCCUGCGACGACGACGCCCAUCUCCCCCAGCUUCUGGAACGCUACGAGCAGGCGAGUACGAAGAUGCUGGACCGCUGGAGCAUCCUGGCCUACGAGCGCACCAUAGCGAUGCCCAAGCUGUCUCUCAUCCCCGGACAGCUGGAAGAACAGCUCCACAGCCAGAUCACCCAGUACGAGGAGAACCUGCUGAUCUACAUCCAGAACAUCCUGCAGUCGGACGAGACGACGGUCAUCGUCAACUCGGCGAAGAGGUUGUGCGAAACCGUCAGAAAUUUUAUUGGACAGGUGAACGACAGUCCGUUGACCAAAGGGGAUGAAGGUUUGGGUCUGAAAUGCGAGGCUCUGCAGCAGAAGCUGGUCUUGCUGUUGCAGAAUCUCACCUGCGGGCAGAUAGAUUUCACAUCAGGAGUAUCUGAAGAAAAUAAAUCCAAGGAUGACACCGACAGCGAGAUAUCCUUCGAUAAGGCGAGAACAGAGAAAUCAGAGAAGGACCUCAGCAAUACCAACUUCAGGAAACACAGACGGACUUCCAGGUUUGUCGAAAGAGAGAAAGAUGCCUUACUCAUUCGAGCCAACAGCUUGAAAAGAGCCAUACGACACUUGGUGGAGUCUACGGAGAAGGUGGUCAGCGAUCAGGCGUCCAAACGGAUGAAACAUUCUUCCAGCGAUGACUUCGACAAGCAAGACAUUAGGAUGGACCAACUGCAGGUGAAGUCGAAUUUCGAAUCCGGAUCUAGUUCCGAUCUCAGUUCUUGUCCCUCACCAACAAGUUCCAUCGUGACAGCUAGACUAGCAAGCUUAUCUCCUAUGCCAGAGUUGAGGAGAGACUCUACCUUAACAGACACUGAUGUUUACACGCUGCCAGUACCACCAGAUUUCGCUGAUAGCAGAAGAGCCAGUCAGAUCAAAGCUGCACUGGAGAGCUGCGCCAUGACGGAAACCAUACUCACGGAGGCGUGUUCCUCUCUGAAAUCCAUGGAGGAGAUGCAGCAUCAAAGGAGGAACUCUGAACCGCCGAAACCAACGGAGAAGAGGCCCAGCCUGCCCAAGGUGGAAGUGCAGAAAUCGGAGAAGGAGAGCGAGAAGAACCAGGAGGACAGCAGCUUGAUGUCCACGAUUUCCAACGAAGAAGCCAGCAUCACGUCGGAGAUUCUGGACCAGAAAUCCUUCUGUCCGAGGAAAGACAGUGACGGGGAGGAUUUGAACGGCCAUAUCGGGCAUAUAGAUUCCCCAGAAACCGAUACUUUUCCAAAUUCAGAUCCUCUCCUCUGCGAAUCCAUCAUGGACGACAUAAGCUCGAUGCUGGGCGAAGUGAUGUACGGCUACGAACAAGAAAGCAUGGAAAACACCGCCACAGACGACACUUCCCUGUUCGCCCUCGAAAGACGUCGAAGCAUCAAGAGAGACUCCUUAGAACGUCACAAAAAAUCCUCCAAGCCGAAACCGGAGGACGAAGAAACCGUCCAGUUCGGUUUCGAGAACAGGGCCUUCAUGACCUACCCCGAGCCGAAGAAGUACUGCAGCUUGGCGAGGUUCAACGAGGGCAACGACAUCGACAGGAAGUCUUUCAAGAGGGCCAAGACCGGCAGGCGGAAAAGUGAAGGUGCCAAAGAAAAUAGGCAGAACAUGCUGAACGAAGAGACAGAGGCGAGAACACCGAAAAGUUCGCACGGGAGUUUGAACAAGAUGGAGAAGGAGCUGUCGAAUUUGUCGAAUAAGACUCUGAUAGCCUUGGAGGUCGAGAAGAGUAGCUUGGAGAUGGAAGGCAAAUUUCCACAAAUAAACGUUAUAGUAGAACCCCCCUCUCCAAUCCUGAGCGACGUCAUCCGAAACGAAAGACUCGAAAAACUAAGGGUAGAAAUCGAAGUUACCGAAUGCGAGGAGGAAGAGGAGAGGGAGCUCAAAAGUCUGCAGGCCACGAUAGAGAAGCUGUCCACGAGCGAUCUGACAAGUAACGCCAGCUCCAACUCCAACCUCCUGGGAAUCGACAACGAGAACUUUAUGACGAGAUCUCCGGCGGCCACCAGAAGAAUCUCUUGUUGCAGCAUGCUGAAUCCUACGGACGCUGCCCUACUAGCCGCUGCCGCUGCUGCAACGACGAAGUUCCAGGAGCUGCCGAAGAGGGAGGAGAAGCAGAACAGGAGGAUGCCCAUCAUCAACCCGAUGGUGACGCUGCCUACGUGGCCCAGUAAGUUAGACAUCACUAAUGCGGCCGGUGGUUUCAUCAGUAAAUGCCUGUUGGCUAACGCUGACACCCUGUGUGCGGCAGUGAGUCCUCUCAUAGACCCUGACGACUCCUUCAAAGACGGUUACUAUGAAAAAGCUGUGAUGAACAAUUAUUUCGGCAUUGGUAUCGACGCCAAAAUUUCGCUAGAUUUCCACCACAAGAGGGAGGAACACCCGGAAAAAUGCAGAUCGAGGGCCAAGAAUUACAUGUGGUACGGCGUGUUGGGAAGUAAACAGUUCUUACAGAAGACGUACAAAAAUUUGGACCAAAGAAUACAGAUAGAGUGUGAUGGGCAAAGAAUACCUCUUCCUAGUCUCCAGGGGAUAGUUAUCUUGAACAUUCCAAGCUUCAUGGGCGGCAUCAAUUUUUGGGGCGGAACCAAAGAAGACGACAUAUUCUUGGCGCCUUCUUUCGACGACAAGAUACUCGAAGUCGUUGCCGUCUUCGGCUCCGUUCAGAUGGCAGCCUCCAGACUGAUCAAUCUGCAACGACACAGAAUCGCUCAGUGUCACAGCGUCCAGAUAAACAUACUGGGCGACGAUGCAAUCCCCAUCCAAGUAGACGGAGAAGCUUGGGUCCAACCACCAGGAGUCGUCCGCAUAAUCCACAAGAACAGGAUGCAGAUGCUUUGCAGAAACAGGAGUUUGGAGAACUCCCUGAGGUUGUGGGGGGAGAAACAGAGACAGAGCAUCGCCGCCCAGGGUAAAACCCCCAGGUCUUCGAUAUCGCACGACAAGUCCAGGAGCAGCUUAACGCGUCAAAGCAUGCCCAGUCAAGAGAAGUCCUACCUCGGCGUUGACGUCGAGAAGAACAGACAGCAUUCCUUCAGCGGUGCCGUGCCCGUUCAGCAGGAGAAGAGACACACUGUCACCUUCCAGGAGAAGCCGGUAUCGCCGCCGGAACCCGACGUUUCCUUCUCCGAAGACGAGCACCAGCUGCUCAUCAUCUUCAUCGAAUGCGCCACCACGUUGACCAAGUGGAUCAAGCUACUGGCCAUCAGCCAUCCCCUGGAGGCGGACCUGUACUCGCUGGCUACCAACGUGGACGCUUGUCUGGAAAACAUCCACCCUAACGGGAAGCUUCUAGAAGGACCGACCUUGAGGCUGAAGUUUACGGAGUUGGUAAACGCGGUCAAGCAGCUGUACGAGGAUAGUUGUUGUCUUCUGCACGAUAGGAGCGAUAAGCUCAAGCUGAAGGAGGAUAUGGAGAGCAAGUUGAGCGUCAGUUUGGCCAACACGGAGCUGGAGUUGAGGAAAUGCAUGAUGAUGGACCAUAAACACCAGGGGAGUUUGGUUUACCUGCAGCCGCUUCAGGAGGAUAGUUCAGAGCACAAGAAGAAAGGUCUGUUCUGGUUGAAAUUCAAAGCGAAGGGCCACCCGUCGCAUUCGAAGCCUGCAAGGGAAGUUGCACACACCUGGGGCACCCAAGAAGUAGCCACAUGGCUGGAAACCCUCCAACUGUCGGAGUACAUAGACAGUUUCAUCAAGAACGACAUCAGAGGCAGAGAGCUGCUCUCUUUGGCCAGGAGGGAUCUGAAAGAACUUGGCGUGACCAAGGUUGGCCACGUGAAGCGCAUACUGCAGGCCAUCAAGGAUUUAUCAUCGCAGGGGGCUUAGGUCGAUUAAGCUAUAUUGGAAUGUUCUCUGUUGUACGUACUGCACUGGACAGACAGUAGAGAAACUGUGAACGAAAUUUCAGUAAAAACCAGUUGACUUUUGAAAAAACCUCAGUUCUACUCUUUGUCCCUUUGUAGUAGGUAUUUUGUGUAUUUCUUGUACGGGUAAUAAUCAAUGAUGGAAUUGGAUUGAAAAAGGCCAUCACGUAGAGGAUCUUUCGAAAAUCUCAGUAUCGGAAACAAUUUUGAUAUAUUCGUAUUCAUUUUGAAGAACAAAUUUACAACAGAUUUUACUGAUUUUCUACUGAAUUUUUCUGGAAAGAUGUGAUGUUGAGGGUUUUCAAACAAAACAAAAAUAAUAGCGACUUGAUAUAUUCCAUAAUAUUAACUAUUUACUUCAAAGUGUGGGUUUUCCAAUAGGAAUGAUACAAUUCAAAAUGGCAACACUGUGUUUCAUUUUUAUGACAUUUCUUAUGUCACCUGUCAUCAGUAGGUUAUGUCAGUUGAUCAUGUAAAGAUACAUGCUUCAAGAACGUUUAGAAAUUUUCAAUUAUCAAAAUCAGUGACAAUUUCUAAACGUUAUUGUUGAAGCGUGUAUCUUUCCAUGGUUAAAUGUUAUAACCUAUACUGAACACGAAUUACAUUUUGAAAUUGUAUCAGUCCUAUUUGGAAACCCUUUGGAAGGAUGUUAAGCUGGAAAUGUAAUGAAUUUCUUUUUUCGCCCUCUUUCCAUAUUUUAAAUUCUCAGAGUUUGAGUCGAGAUCGUCAGAAAAAAAUUCUGAAUUUUGAAUGGUGUACUCUUUUCCUGUUGCAAUAAAACUUCCAUACUUUCUCCAUUUCGAGAGAAGCUGGUUCUUCAAUUUUUUUAAACCAUGUGAUUAUGGUCAACCAGUGGUUAAUUAUUAAUAUUCAACGGUAAAUAUGCUCCAAGAUGACUCGGAAAAUCUGAAGCUAAGAUUUAGUGCAAAAUACUAACACUAUGAUUAAAUAAAGAAACGAUGCCAAUGAAUGAAAUUAUUAAAAGAAAUAUACAAAAAAAUAUUUUUCAGAUUUCCUAAAAAAACAUACUAAAACCAAGAAUUUCUUUGACAUUCCAAUAAUUAUAGUUAACAAUGCAUAAUAGUAAAAUCAAUGAGGUAACCACUGGUUGAACUGGAUAUUAAAGCAUUAUAACAGUAUAGACCAAAUUCGAAAUUAAAAACUUUUACAUCACUAUUAGUUUUAGGUACUUAUGGUAUUGAUAAUUAGUUAAUGUAUUAUAAUAAUAAAUCGACCAGUUAAUAAAUAUAGUUUGUGUUAGAUAACACAUAAUCACUGUGAUUUCCAAGUAACAUUGAAAUAUGGUUAUGGAAUAUCCAUAUUAAUAUAUGUCCAGUAUGUUUAUAUUCUUAUACUACUUUUUUGUCUCUUCUUUGUUUCUCGUUUUCAUAAACUAAGCUUCAAAGAUCAAAUUCAUAUUUUUCUUAAUGGAAUGUCCAAAAAUUGCAGAGCAAUUAAAUUUUCUCACUUAUUUGGCCUUCGGAUUCCUGUAGGUGCUAUUUAAUCAUUUUCAAAGGGAAUCUUUAUCUGCCGAGAGAAAAAGUCUACAAUCCACU